UUUGAUGAUUACUAUUUUUGAAUGUUUUUGAUCGCUUUUUGUAUUGGUGUGGCUGCUGCGUUUUCUGAUCAUUUUGUGGUAGGGGAACAAGUUCGGGGAGACCAUGAAGACAACUCGGAAAUGUCGAGCACUCUUGGCCGUGGGUUUGAAUUUGGUGGCUCUGUUCUUUUCGACGACUGCUUUCAUCACGACUUAUUGGUGCGAGGGGACGCAGAGGGUCCCUAAACCGAACUGCAGCAAAGACAGGAAACACAACUGCAUCAACUAUAACGGCAACGAUACCAACCAGAACAAAGUGCACUACAGCUGGGAGACUGGAGACGACAGAUUCCUCUUUCGACAUUUCCACACCGGGAUCUGGUAUUCGUGUGAGGAGAACAUCAACGGAGGAGGUGAGAAGUGCAGGAGCUUUAUUGACCUGGCGCCAGCAUCUGAAAGAGGUGUCCUUUGGCUGUCCGUCGUGUCCGAGGUGUUGUACAUCAUGCUGCUUGUAGUUGGUUUCAGUUUAAUGUGCCUGGAGCUCCUUCACUCGAGCAACGUGAUCGAUGGACUCAAGCUGAACGCCUUUGCAGCGGUUUUCACUGUGCUUUCAGGUCUCUUGGGGAUGGUGGCCCACAUGAUGUACACACAGGUGUUCCAGGUGACUGUCAGCCUGGGGCCUGAAGACUGGAGGCCGCACACUUGGGAUUAUGGCUGGUCCUUCUGCCUGGCAUGGGGGUCUUUCACCUGCUGCAUGGCAGCCUCGGUCACCACCCUGAAUUCCUACACCAAGACUGUCAUUGAAUUCCGGCACAAGCGCAAGAUGUUUGAGCAGGGACUCCGUGAAGAACAGACUUUCAUUGACCAGGAGGCCAUCAGCUACUACCGCGAUCGCUCAGUCCAGUCCAUCUCCAGCUCUGUAGAAGUGUUUCCCGGAGGGGGAACCAAAGCAAUGGUCCCCGCUGCUUCCAUGGACAUGGGCGAAAUCCGUGAGUCUCUGGGGGAGGAACAGUGCUGAGAGCACCGAAAGCUCAAGGAUGGAAUGGCACCAUACCUGCCAGCUUGGACUUCCUUCACCCUCAUUUAACUAAUGGAACGGUCACUUCCAGGGCAGCUCACACACAAAGUGUGUCCAAAAAAACAAUAGACAUGGACUUCACAGACAUGGCUGGAUGUCUCUCAUGCACUAUUAUUAGUUUUUAAUUCUAAUAACAAUAGAGACCUUCUUAAUUUUCAAUCCAUAUGCUGAACUUUCUUUAUUUUGUCCCAGAGAAGGGAUCAUUCAGCCUGGUGGACGGCCGGCAUCUGGAUGUCAGAGUAGCACAGAAGCCCAGACUGAUGUAUUUUUUCUUUCAUUUCAGAGUUGCAUUUUAUUUUUUUAUUUUUUUUUUUUCCUUUCUUCUUUUCACAACUUGCUUAGCGUGUCAGUUUUUCUUUAUUCUAUAAGAGGUGAAUUUGUCCCUUUUAAUAAUGACGAGCCACCUGAUAUUGAUGUCAUUAGGGUGUGACUGAGGGGAGUGGGUGCCCAAUUAUUUCAGGUCCCCGUGCCAAAUAAAAAGAAAGCAAAUUGGGUUCUCGAAGGUGGAACCGGGCCCCGCCUUCCUUUGCACGUGCCAGCGUUUCAAAUUGGGUAUGUCAGCCUGCCUGGCAGCUAUGGCACUCCAUGAAUGGACCCUCAUCUCUUCAAUGCUUUGCACACUGUUGGCUGUUGGGGGGGCAUUCCCAGAAUGUUUUUUUUGCAGCAGAGCUUUGCCCACCAAAAACAAUUUAAAACCAAGAUGGCUUCAGGGUAUGCCCUCACUUCUUCCAGUCUGAGGUACACGGGACAAAGCAAGCCACUUUAAAGCACCAGAAAGUAAAGGAUGCUGGGAGAGACGUUCUCUAGGAACCUUUAAUAGAUUUUAUUUUUCUGAAGUGGAAUAAGAAGAGCACUGGUUGUUGCCCUGCCUGCCUUCCUUUAUUUAUUUAUUAUCAUUAUUUUAUUUAAUUAAUUUUUUUUCCAGGCUGACACACACGUGUUAAAAAGCCUGGCAGAUGCACAAACUCCGAGACGGGCACACGCCGGGGCUGCCAGCUCUAGUAAGAGAAAUGAAAUCAAGCCUAAAAUAAGCACAUUACUUUCGAGCCAAAAGAUGGCACUGCCUGGCGCUUCACAUUAACUCAUUUAAAAAAACAAAAAAAAGAAAGUGUUGUCUUCAUUGCAAUAUUCAUUCAAUUUUUCAGCCCCUUCUUCCUCUUCUUCUUCUUCCUCAUUUAUUAAAAUAUUUCAAGUUGUCCUGUGCAGUGAGCUCUUAUUGUUUAACUGGCACCGACUCUCCAGACAGACUUCACUUUAUAUAGUAGCUUACUGUACUGAACACCAUCCCAACUCUGAUAUACUCGCUUUUAGGACAAGGUGAGCACCGAAAGGUCAAGGGACUCUUUAUAAUCCAUUUUAGCCUCUGGGGGGAACUGCACAAACUGCAGUAAAUACCAUUCCAAGGGGCUAUACAUGUACAUUGUUUUACACAUAGAGAUCACUGCCAAUUGACUCUUAACUGCUAAGGGGCCACACUUACCUGAAUUAAUCAUGAAUUUAACCUGAUGUCAUGGGGCAUGACAGAUUUGCCCACCGAACUCACUGAUCUCUCUCUGCAGCCUGAAGCCUCCACCCUGGAGCUCCAAGGAGGUGUAAUUAACUUAGAUGGCAGUAUUUGGCAUUAUUGGAGUCAGGUAACCCUCCCACAAUUCUGAUCAUAACCAUGCUGUAACUAGCAGGAGCUCUGGAGAUCUGCAGCUAAACUCUAUUGGUGCCUGUUUGAGUCAACACCACCUACUUGGGCCACCCAUUGGAGUCAACCCCACCUACUUGGACCUCCCAUUGGAGUCAACCCCACCUACUUGGGCCACCCAUUGGAGUCAACCCCACCUACUUGGACCUCCCAUUGGAGUCAACUCCAAUUAAUUGGACUGUCCAUUGGAGUCAACCCUACCUACUUGGGCCACCCAUUGGAGUCAACCCCACCUACUUGGGAUGACCAUUUGAGUAAAGUCCAAUUAACUGGACCGUCCAUUGGAGUCAACUCUACCUACUUGGACCUCCCAUUGGAGUCAAUGUCACCUACCUGGGCCGCCCAUUGGAGUCAACCCCACCUACUUGGAAUGACCAUUGGAGUCAACUCCACCUACUUGUAGCUCUAGGGUGGGGGCUUCAAGCUGCAGAGAGAUAUAUACUUGGAUCUCAUCAAAGAACCAUUUUAAAUUACACGACUAAAAUCACAAUUGCAUAACAUCCAGCUCCAUUCACUGCCUUUCCUUUUUUUAUUUUUAAUCUCUUUACCCCUCUUUUUAGCUCAUAAUUCCUAUACCCGUUUUCCAACUGAGACACCACACAGUCUAUGUCACAUGUCCUGACCGAGAGCCUAUCUUCCAAUACAGUGAAGCUCACUGAGAGCCAAUAGCAUGUUGCCUGACAGACAUGGCACAGUUCGAAUGGUCCCUGCUCUUUAAUUAUUUUUAUAAUUCUAUUUUGGUAUGUAAAACAUGAGAUAUCAGACAGACGAGCUCCUGUUCUGUUUGUGAGGUGUAAAACAGGCAUGUUUAUUAUUUGCUACAUUCUACGUGAUUGUACUUCCAAGCGAACAAUCGUUGGCUCAUUUGGUUGCCAGCCCUCCUGCGUAUACAGCCCACCUCCCCGACUAAUGUGAAAAUCCAACCUGUUUGAUUUUAUCAGAGCAAGUGGCAGGCUAUGUGGUGUCAGUCAUUAGGCAUGUCACAUUAGACGAUCGGCCUUAUGGGAACGCACUGCCAACUGCCUCCGACUGGCUAUGAUAAUAUAAAUGAAGGCUUUGACUGAAAAUCGCCUGAAAAGUCGUCUAAUUUGACCAGCGCUUCACAGGCACAGCACAGAUCAGGGGGUUUAAUAUUUUUAACAAGAUAAACACUCGCAGGUUAAGUUACUUAUACAGGGAAUGAGUGUGGCUGAUGGGUGAGGAUCAACCAAAAACCUUGUGCUUUAUAGACUAACUAGAUUUUCAUGAUUUCAAAACGAGACACAACUCCUUAAUCCAGCGAGUGUGUUAAGAGAGAAUUGAAAUCAAUUCAUAUUUCUCUGAGGUGUUUCAUGCGCCUUGUAAAAAACGUGCAUGAAAUCAAAGGGGGAAUUGGGUCCCCAUUUGCGUUUCGCCCAGCUAAAAAAAAAACGGGGCAUUCUGGGACAUUUCGUUACAUUCUGAAAUGCCACAAAUAAAAACAAGACAUGAUGCAUAAAAAUGGGUACUGUCCCGAAAAAGAUGAGACGUUUAUAGUUCAACACCUGAAUCACUAGGAGUGCCACUCUAGCUCCGGUAAACGAUGUUCCAAAAUGCCUAACAGGUGGUGUGAAUUUGUGCGCUGUAAAUACCGGAAAUGAGGUUAGUGACACAGGCUCACACAUGGAGUGAGUGGUGGAGACCGAAUCUGCGACCGUGCCAUCUUUAUCCAGUACCUUCAACACAAGUACCAGUGUGCUUUACGGGUGUGUUUAUCAUUUUCACACGGAAGCUUUUCAACUCUAACUUGGCUCAGUAUGAGUGAGUGCGAAUCUGAGUGUGAACGGGACCUGCAAUGGACUGGGUAGUGUUACGUAGUACACCUGUUCUGAAAGCGUACCAAAAAAUUAAUUUAGACUGCCCAUUGGAGUCAACCCCACCUACUUGGGAUGACCAUUGGAAUAAACUCCACUUAAUUGGACUGCUCAUUGGAGUCAACCCCACCUACUUGGGCCACCUAUUGGAGUCAACCCCACCUACUUGGGAUGACCAUUGGAGUCAACUUCACUUAAUUGGACUGCCCAUUGGAGUAAACCCCACCUAUUUGGGAUGACCAUUGGAGUAAUCUCCACUUAAUUGGACUGCCCAUUUGAGUCAACCCCACCUACUUGGGCCACCCAUUGGAGUAAACCCCACCCAUUUGGGAUGACCAUUGCAGUCAACUCCGCUUAAUUGGACUGUCCAUUGGAGUCAACUCCACCUACUUGGACCUCCCAUUGGAGUCAAUGCCACUAAAAAAAAAA